GUUUUGUGUUCUUGUUCAGUUUGUACCAUUUCCGGUUCACAUUAGAAGUAGUCUGGAAGAAUCUGGCUCUGAACAGAUCUACACAGGGCUUAAUAUGAAGAAAGGCAAUGUUGCAACAAUCCUGAGUUUGGCACUACUGCCCUCAGUGGUUUCUCAGGAUGGCUAUUGGCCCACCCACACUGUGUGUAACUCAGACAAGAUCAAGAUGUCAUACAAGAGCUGUGGGCCGUCCAUCGAUGAGUUGUACACAUCGGUGGAUCUGUCUCUUAAUGGAAUCUCCUUUGGCCAGCUUGAUGAGCCCCUCUGCUUGCCAAAUUUUCCUUGUUUGAGAAAUGAUCAGCUUCCAAGCAUCUUUACCAAACGUGACCACACUAAAGGGUCACUACAAUUUGAAAUUGAAUGCAAUAAACCUAAAUGGCUUCCAAAUUCUUUGUGUGAAUGCUACCUUGGACUUUCAGUGAUGUCUGAAGAACAGAGAAUUCAGGGAAUACCCUCACAAUAGUGCAACCACAAGAAUGGCACAAGACAUAUAUGCUUUGUUUACUUUUUUGUGGGGUUUUUUAGUAUUUAAUUUUUUGUGACAUUUAACAUUUAUUGUUGUGUGAAAAAUGAUCAGUUAGUCAUUUUAUUGCUAUUUUUAUUUUUCCAUUGUAUUAUGAUUCAGAAUUCAAAGAAGUUUGUGUAACAAAUUCAGACCAGUGAUCAUUUUAAAUUGUUUUAAAGAAUGCUUACCUGUAACAAAUGAUCAAAAUAAAGUUUGUACUAAUACUGUACUAAUGCUAA